UUCGAUUCGCGCGCGCCGACGUCUUGCUUUCUGCUUUUUUUUUCUGCUUUCCUAGUGUUUUCGUAAUUGUGGCGUUUGUUUUCGAGAAAAUAAUUAGGAGACUCAUGGGCUUGACAAUAUAUUCCUUUAGUGGUGUUUCUCACUAAAUGUUUGUGUAGAUCUGCAGACCUUUUGCUAUUGCAGUCAUAGAAAUUUUUGACUGUAGGAAUAUAUUUUUACUCCAACUAUACCCCCCCCCGUAUUUGCAUAGAUUUUGUGCUGCCUAUCAAUGUAAUCUUAAUUUAUUUAAUAUUCGGCAGCAGAUCAGCUUUUGUACUCUAUUUUUUCAUGUUCAGCCAGAGGUUCUUUUAAGUUUUCCUUGCUUCUAUCUGUAAAAGUGGUACAAUUAUAUACAUUCCGGGACAUCAUACAGAUUUUUCAAUUGCAAAUUAAAGUGCCUGGUCUACUUACCUUUUUUUUUUACGGCUACCGCAAUUUGUACAAUUCGACUCCAUCAAAAACCUUGUGUAAUCAAUAAAAAGGGGUGGGGAAACUCCCUUGCCUUUUCCAUUGUCAACCAGAAAUUAGCAAUGUGAUCACAGAGCAUUAGCUAUCCUACACAAUUUUAUGUCAUCUGCAAAUUUGGCAACAUUCUCAAUUUCUCUUCACUCUUCAUCUAAGUAAUACAAAUAUUGAAGAAUACGGGAUCAGAGAAUCAACUUUGAUACACCUCAGUUUUCUUCCUUUUGGAGUAUGGCAUUUUUCUGUUCAACCAGACCUUUCCAGAUAAUAGACAGUACAACAUGGGUGUCAAACUCGAUCGUGCCACAUGACGGAUUGUGAUGUAUCGCAAUGUUUUUUGCCUUUGCGGAGCUGGGGUGGGUGUGGCCUGUGCAUGAUGCAUCCAGCCCACAGGCUGCCAGUUUGACAGGCCUGCUAGAGUUGCAACUCAUUUCAAGAUGCUGAUGCUUGCCCAUUCAGCCAGUCUUGGACUUAAAAAUAUCCAAAGUCAUGAUCUCUGAUACCAGCCUCUCCAUGUUUUAAGAUUAUCCAUGCAUAUACUUAAUAUGUUAUAUUACAUGAAAGAUUGUAAUAUUGUAAGUAGUAGCAACCUAAUUGUGAAACACUCUCACCACAAACAUGUGAUUGGCUAUGGCAUAGUUUUUUUCAUUUGAUGAUUAAACCUUUUGUUGAUGCUUAGGUAUUUAAUAUUUUAAAAUUAUUGUAUUGAAUUAGAUUGUUUCAUGUAAUAUUUCAUUACAUUAUUGUUAUAUUUGUGUUCUUAUAUCUUUAAAUUUGACCCAAUUUCAGAAGCUGAAGAGCGAUAAUAAAAAUAUUUGAAAGAUCAAAGUUAAUAAAUAUAGUUAUUUUGAUAAGCUACACUAUAGUAUCAUUGUCUGCUUAAAGACUUUCAUUUUAGGGAAGUAGUAACACAGAAGCAAGACUUUUACUACGUUAACUGUGCCAAAAAUUAACUCUGCCAAAAUCUGUCCUCCAAAUCACAGAGAGUAACAAAUCACAUGUUUUAAGUAAGGUACAAUAAUACUCUAUAAAUGAUCUGAUAAACGGAUUGCUAAGCAGAGAGAAUACAGCUUUGCAUCACCCUCACUCGGAGCCUUUACAGAUAUAUACUGGCACAGCUACUGAAAACAAGUCUACCAAGGGUUGUUGGGGAGAUGGGUGAUGCAGUAUUAUCCUGAUUAAAAAAAGGUAGUCUUGGCAGUGGUUUGCUCGCUGAGCUUGCCAUUUAGCUCCCAUUAAUUAAAAAUGUCAAAAUAAAUCACAGAUAAUGGUCUGUGCAAUAUUCACAUCUAUUAACAUUGACUUGGCCAAACAAACCAUCUAUAUGGUGACACAUACAGGGGUGUCAAACUCGCGGCCCAUGGGCUGCAUGCCUCACAUGCUGGGUCUGCCCGCCCUCACUCAGUUUAGUGAAGGGGGGGGGGAAAGUCCCGAUAUGUCAUGUAAUGCUGCCAUGACGCCACAAAUUUGACACCCCUGAUCUUUAUGAUCUACUCACAAUAAAUCAAAACAAUAAUGAAAACACACCUAAAGAACACUCCAUGCCCAUUGAUGCUAUUGUGAAGCUGUUGGAGUUUGCUUCAUAGCACAUUUCAAAUUCAAGGGCAAAAAUCUACCAACAACUACAGGGCACACCUAUGGGAUCACCAAUAUCCUGCCUGAUAGCAGAAACAGUAAUGCAAAAACUUGAACACACAGACCUGCCAACCGUCCAAACAAAACUUUGGGUAUGUUUGGUGGAUGACACUUUUUUCAUCUUCAAACACUCUAGACUAGAAGAGACACAGCAUCUACUCAAUAAAUUAUUCACUGGGAUCACAAGGGGAAGAAAAUGACAAACGACUCCCCUUCCUAGAUAUUGACAUAGGGAGACAAGAUAAUGGCAAAUUAACAACACGUUUAUCCUGAAAAUCCAUGCAUACAAACCAAAUUCUGAAUUUAACAAAGCAACCAUCCUACUGCACACAAGAGAGGCAGUAUCCAGACCCUCUUCAAAAGAGCCAAAACACACUGCAGCACCAAGUCAUUAGGAAAAUGUUAUGUCUGUAGGCUCUGACAAAGUCCUCGCGGUUACGACCUGAUUAAGCCUUGACAACAGCCCUGAUUGGUUUAGAUGCGCCGGGAUGAAAAGCGGGAGUUUUAGAGCCCUGUCAUUGGAGGAGCUUCUGAGGCAGCAAGUAUUUAAGAGCUGUCAAAGGAGUCUUCGGUUGUUACUGUUCCUCACGAUUAUUAUGUUAGCCUCGGCAGAGUUAAAUAAAAGGGUUGUGUUCAUUACAACCUCUGUGUGGACUCCCUCUGUACCCACUAACGACAGAUAUAAUAGAAAAGCAGAAGAGAAACACCUUUUCGAUGUUUUCCUCCUCAAUGGCUAUCCAAAAAACUUCCUAAUAUGAUGCUUGACAGCCAAACCUCAACAAAAUACACAGCCAACCGCAACAUAGAAACAAGUCCUGCCAUACAUCACAGGAACAUCAGAAAUGGCUGCCAGAAUACUGCAACCCCUAGGAAUAAUGAUAGCUCACAAACCCACAUUUACACUCAGACAAGAGCUAUCUAAGGUCAAAGACAAGAGACAGAAGGAAGACAAUGGCAACGUAGUAUAUAAAAUCAAUUGCAACACUUGUAACCAUUUCUGUGUCAGACAAACAGGAAGAGAAUUGAAAACAAGAAUUCAUGAACAUCGACUAGCAGUCAAAAGGCACAUCCAAAAAUCCCUGAUCUUGAGCCUCAUUGAAAAGAGGCAACACCAGUUUGAUUGGGAAGGAACAAAAAUCGUCAACCAUGCCGACACUCACCGCACAUGUAAAUCAGUUUCAAAUUUUUUUACUGUGGUGUGUGGGUGUGGCUUGGUGGGUGUGUCAUGGCUUGGUGGGUGUGGCUUGGUGAGCAUGGCAGGGGAAGGAUACUGUAAAAUCUCCAUUCCCACCUCACUCCAGGUGAAGGUUACUGCAAAAUCCCCAUUUCAGCUGGGACUUGGGAGGCAGAGAAUAGAUGGGGGCGGGGCCAGUCAGAAUGUUUACUACCGGUUCUCUGAAUUACUCAAAAUUUCUGCUACUGGUUCCCCAGAACUGGUCAGAACCUGCUGAAACCCACCUCUGAUAUAAAUUUAUUGAAGACUGGUAUUCUACAAAGGGGCAAUUAACAAGCAUAUUUAUUUAGAUCCAGCAUAUGAACACUUAAGAAACUGGGCCAUUCGAACGACCAGUCAACAACGGAGCUAAUCAGCUCCUCAGAAUUUAAGUACAGCAUCAAACAAACGGCCAAUCACAUGACCAACUGAUCACACUGGCACACAAGACAUAAAUAAGCGAAAGAGGAAUAGAACAAGACACUUCUACCAAAGUCCCACUGAUGAUGUAACCUAGCCUUUCUGAAGCUAAAUGGCAAGCUUGGAAUCUGCCAAAAUCAAAAACUCAAGCUACAAAUACUUUCUAUAAUUUCAAAGCUACAGUCUCUUUAAAGUGCUGAAGAGAAAAACCGAAAACAGGAAGAGAAACGUCAAGAAGGAUGACUACAAAUAUCAUAGCAUGUGAUCCAGAUGAUCUGUCUCCAGCUAAAAGUUUUGAAAUAACUGCUGAUCAUGUGCUAGAAUCUAAGAUCUUAUUUGAGGAAAUAAAUAGUAACUACUCAAAUAGACUGAGUUUGCUGAUUUACUUCGGAAUGAUCUGAUUUCAGCAGUAUUGGAAAGGUGAGUCAAGUUAUUUCCUGCUCAGCUGCAGUGAAACCAAUGUCAAAGCUUUGUUUUGCAUUUCUUCACUUGCAAAACAAGAAGCACAACUCUUGACUUCUGAACUUUGCAACUCCUUCCAGGAGUCCAAGCAACAAAAAAAUUGAACUCAUUUUGUGAGUUUUCCCAUUCUCUUCAGCAGAGUGUAAACUUGCUUGCAAAGUGCAAUCUAUUCUUUUUCCUUUUUGAAUAGACUGUAAUGAAUGAAUUGUUGUCAUUUCAGGAUAUGUACAGCAGUUUAGGGUGGAUCAAAAUUGUUCUCUCUUUGUUCUCUCAUUUCAAGUGCAAACUAACUUCAAACACGUUUAGGCAGAGGAUAAGUACUUAUAAUUUUAAAGAAAAACAUUUCAGGAACAUUUUUUAAAUCUAAAUUAACCAGAAAAAUGAAAAAUUAAGUCCACAGCAGCAGGGACCUUAAUUACAACCUAAAGAACAUAACAUCUUUAUGUAUAAGUGCACAAAUGGGGGUCCCCAAAUUUCAUUUACUCUUGAAACUCUUUCCAAAAUCUACCACUGAUCUGUAGUUUUUUUAAUGUGUCAGUGUGUUGGAAGAAAUAUCCAUCUGGGUUCAGUUCCAAGUGGGGACAAAGACACUGGAAACAUGGAGACUGUUUGGAAAGAUGGUUUAAUGGUGAUCAGGAUCACAUGGCUUGAGUUCCUGAACAGAAAAGGGAUGAGAUCCUGUGUGCUCCCUGGUUUUAUGCUUUUUCUGAGCUUUGAACUUUCUGGGGCACAGGAAGAGUAUCCUGAUUGGCUGUCAGACUCCCAGGGGGUGGGGGUCGUAGCUAGCAAUGUAGGUUGUCCCUCAAGCUUGCCUGAGCCUUGCCAUGUGGUGAGUUUCUGUUCUAUUAUGAUGCAGAUGAUGAUGGCCCAUUAACAAAGGUGGGGAGAAUGAGUUUCUAUCUCUGACCUAUUGACAAAGGUGGGGGGGAAUGAGUGAGCUUGGCUGAGGCUUUAAUGGCCCAUUGACAAAGGUGGGGGGUGGCAGGAAGUUGCUUUGACUUUAAAACAUGUUUCUCCAUUUCUCAUCCAGGGAAAUAUAUUCUGCCUUUUUAAAUAUUUUCUAAAAUAUUUCAUUCUUCUAGGAGUGGGGUGGGUGCUAAAUUCCUACAAGUGUAAAAGGUAAGGUUCUACAUUUAGGCAAGAAAAACCAAAUGCAUAGGUAGAGAAUAGGUAGUACCUGGCUCAAUAGUAGUAUAAUAAUAAUAAUAGUAAUUUUGAGAGUAAUCUUAGAAUUUUAGUGGACAAUCACUUAAAUAUGAGCCAACAGUGUGCUGCAGCUGCCAAAAAAGCCAACACUGUCCUAGGCUGUAUUAACAGAGGGAUAGAAUCAAGAUCACACGAAGUGUUAAUAUCAUUCUAUAUUCUAUAAUGCCUUGGUAAGGCCACACUUGGAAUACUGCAUUCAGUUUUGGUCACCAUGAUAUAAAAAAGAUAUUGAGACUCUAGAAAGAGUGCAGAGAAGAGCACCAAAGAUUAUUAGGGGACUGGAGGCUAAAACAUGUGAAGAACAAUUGCUGGAAUUGGGUAUGUCUAGUUUAAUGAAAAGAAGUAUUACAGAUGACUUGAUAGCAGUGUUCCAAUAUCUAAGGGGUUGCCAUAAAGAAGAGAGGGGGUCAACCUAUAUUCCACAGUACCUGAAGGCAGGACAAGAAGCAAUGGGUGGAAACUAAUCAAGGAGAGAAGCAACUUGGAACUAAGGAGAACUUUCCGGACAAUUAGAACAGUUAAUCAGUGGAACAAUUUGCCUCCAGAAGUUGUGGAUGCUCCAACACUGGAAAUUUUUAAGAAGAGAUUGGACAAUCAUUUGUUUGAAAUGGUAUAGGGUUUCUUACCUGAGCAGGAGGUUGGACUAGAAGACCUCCACCUUCCAACUCUGUUAUUCGGUUAGUCAUCAUAAUUAGAUUUAAAUUAUAUCAGCUUAUUUUUUGUUUUAUUCAAGCCAUUCAGGACAAACUUUUAUUCAAGUUUAUCCAUCCCUUGUUUGUGUCUCGGAGUAAGACAAGUCCUAAACCUAAACAAAGUUUACAAUACAGUGACAUUACCUAAUCUGUAAAAGCAAUCUAAGGCCAGGUUUAGUGGUCUGAGGCAGGAAGAGGAAGAGGAAUGGUGUGUGCAUGUCUGCAUGCAUAAUCAACUAGAUAGGAAAUUUAUAUUUCCUAGGUUAUGGCUCUACUAAUAUUGACUACUAAUAUUGACAUACCAAAAGGAAAUAUAAACUUUCCUGUAAAGCUCUUCAGAACAAAUAUGCAAAAUUAUUUUUAAGGGAAUCUAGAAGCUUAGAAUUUGGAACUUCAGUAACUAAAAAGGAUUGGGAAUGGGUACAGUACUUCUUGGAUGGGAAAUCAUUAAGAAAUUUCAGGGCUACAGCCUAAAAGGGUAGCUGAAAAUACAAACUGCUGUUGUUAAGUAGCUAACUCUGAUCUUUCCAUAUAUGUGGGCAGGAUAUGCUGCACAUGAGUCACAGUAAAUCUCAGCUUUUUCUCAACCUUGGCAACUUCCCUGCUAGGGAAUUCUGGGAUUUGAAGUCCACAUAUCUUAAAGCUGCCAAGGCUGAGAAACACUGGGUUUUAUUACAGGCAACAAUAAAGUCAUAUACACAGAAGCAUUUUGCUUUCUCCAGCAAAUUCACAUAUCAACUUGAUUUGCAACUGAGAUGAGAUUGAUAUGCAGAAGAGUUCUCAAAUGUAAUAGUUUUCUCUGGUCUGAAGACUGCUGGUAUAAUAGCAGUAUUGUAUCUCCUUUUUUCAGCAUUUAAUCAGAAGGCAGUUAACUCUAAUUUCUAAUGGAAGACACUUUUUCUAAAGUUACACAGGAAGUAAAUCAUAUCUGCCCUCUGCUGGGGAGCUAAUUUGUAGAAACUAAUUGAACAGAGGCUAUAUCUGUAAUGUAUCUUUAAAAGUUGUGGAGGGAAAACUGAGCGGGAAAAAGCACGUUGCUGAUUGGAUGAAGCCUCUGGCUAAACUGUAUAUAAAGAGAGGGUUUUCCCAGCCCGAGCUGCUGGGUUCACCAUAUAGUAAAGAGCUGUUGUCACUAUCCUGGUCUCCUGCCUCGUUAUUGCCCGAAUCUAACACUGGCGACGAAGGUGGGAUCUCGAGGCUAAGAGCGCCAGGAAAAAAGCUGAAGUCACCAGGAAGACGCGAACCCAGCAAACAAGGGGCGGAAAGCAGCGAUGUCCAGCUACACACCGCCAGCGCCAUUCGACCCAGCUAAGGAAAAAUGGGGGUCAUACAUGGCUCGUUUCGAGUGUUUCCUCGAGGCGAACGAACUUCAAGGAGUCUCAGACAACAGGAAGCGAGCGUAUUUCCUGAGCCACUGCGGUCCAGAGGUUUUCGACACCGCAGAAUCGUUGGCGGAGCCAACGCCAGUACAAUCGGUGCCGUGGCAGACUCUACAGACCAUAUUGAAAGCCCAUUAUGCACCAACGCCGUCCAAGUAUGUGCAACGGUACGAAUUCAGGGAGCGUAGGCAGCAAGAGGGCGAGUCCAUCAGCGUAUACAUGGCAGCCCUGCGGAAAGCCACGAACCAUUGCGAGUUCCGAGACUUGGAAGAGGCAUUGCUGGAGCAACUCAUUCGUGGGGUCAGGGACAUCCGUUUGCGACGGCGGCUGCUGUCCAAAAGCAACUUGACGCUGGCAAACGCCUUGGAUGAAGCCAGGGCUAAUGAGAUGUCUACCCAAGCGGCGGAAACCCUACAAAAGCAGGUCGCACCAACGGCUGGUGCGAAAUCAACCCCGGUCCACAAUGAAGAGGUCCAGGCCGAGUCGGACGGUGAGGAGGAGGAAGGAGUCUUCCACACCGGGAGGCCGGAGAAAGAAGACCGGGGUGACUGCGCGAGUUGUGGAGGGCAACACCAACGACAACAAUGCAAAUUUAAGGAUGCGACUUGUCGGCGGUGCGAAAGGAAGGGGCACAUAGCACAGGUCUGUCGAGCACCCCAACCUUCCCGCCAAAAAUUCAAACUGACCAACCAGAGCGCGGGAACGGCGAAGCGGCCCGUGAUUGGUCAAUUCAAAAAAGGCGCGAAGUUGAAUCAGACUGUCGUGAGAGUGGGUCACGCAGCAACACGCCUAGAGAAGAAAAUCUUUACGAAAACAAAGAUUGAGGGGGUGCCGUGCCGAUUGGAGGUGGACACCGGCUCAGCGAUCACGAUCAUGUCCUGGGACACUCUCGUGAAAGCCUUACCCGCCAUCGCAAAGCGCAAGCUGAAACCACAGAACUUAAAGGUACAAGACUACCAAGGGAAUCGCAUCCCUGUUCGAGGGGUAACGUCCGUCCACGUCGAGUAUGGACAAUACAAGAAAACUCUGCCCAUCACCAUAGUCGAUGGGACCCUGCCAAGCUUGUUGGGACUGGACUGGUUCCGAGCAUUGGGCAUGGGAGUGACUGGAAUCUUCAGAAACGAAGCUGACCAUCCUGAUAGUUCCUGCAGUCUGGAAAGCUCAAAGGUGCUGCAUCCUAAGCCAUUUACUUUCAGGUGA